UACGGCCGCCUGAAAUAUUUUAAAAGUUUCGAGCUUUGUAGAUUCCGUAGCUGUAGUUCUCAGGACUUUGCAUAGCUCACAUUCAAGUGUUAAACUUUGUGUAGUGAAAUCACACAACCAAAAUCACAAUGGCGGAAGAACUUAACAAGGAACAAAUUGCUCUGUUGAAGAAUGCCUUCGACACCUUUGAUGUUGAAAAGAAGGGUUCCAUCGGCACCGUGAUGAUCGGUACCAUUUUGGGCAUGUUGGGUAUCAACAUGACUGAGAAAAUGUUGGCUGAUAUCAUUGCUGAGGUCGAUGAUGAUGGCUCCGGUGAGUUGGAGUUCGAGGAGUUCAUCACCCUUGCUUCCCGAUUCAUGGUUGAGGAAGAUGCUGAAGCCAUGCAACAAGAACUUAAGGAAGCCUUCCGUCUCUACGACAAAGAAGGUAACGGCUACAUCACCACCCACACCUUGAAGGAAAUCUUGAAGGAACUUGACGACAAGAUCACCGGCGAGGAGUUGGACAUGAUGAUUGCUGAAAUUGAUUCUGACGGUUCCGGCACUGUUGACUUCGAUGAAUUCAUGGAAGUCAUGACCGGCGGUGAUGACUAAACGCAUUCUUUCGAGGUACAUAAAUCAUCUAAUACAUAAGCAAAAUUCCAUUUAAUGUAACCGUUGUUUUGGACAUACAUUCAGUUCCUCUUUUGCAAUGCGAACACAUAUCAUGUGUACCUGUACAUAUCUCGUGACCAGAUUGUGAAGUCAUUAUAAAAGUUACACAAUA